AUGGUUCGCAGCAUCUUCGCAUUCUCUCUCAUUGCAAGCGCCCUCGCCGUGCCAAUUGAGGCCGAGGUUGAGAAACGCGCCACCUGCCCGGGCGUCCAUAUCUUCGGUGCACGCGAGACCACUGCAUCUGCCGGCUACGGCUCAUCCAGCACAGUUGUCAACGGACCUCUCAGCUCAUAUUCAGGCUCUACCGCCGAAGCCAUUAGCUACCCUGCAUGUGGUGGGCAAGCGUCAUGCGGAAGCGUUAGCUACUCGAGCUCAGUUGCUCAAGGCAUCGCAGCGGUUGCCUCGGCAGUCAACGCUUAUAACACGCAAUGUCCAUCUACAAAGCUUGUCCUUGUAGGAUACUCACAGGGAGCGGAGAUCAUGGAUGCAGCGCUGUGUGGUGGCGGUGUGCCCAACCAGGGCUACACCAAUACAGCAGUGCAACUGUCGACCUCUGCUGUGAAUAUGGUCAAGGCGGCUAUCUUCAUGGGCGAUCCGCUUUUCAAGGCGGGUUUGUCGUAUGAUAUUGGAACUUGCGCUGCUGGAGGCUUCGAUGCACGCCCUGCUGGCUUCUCCUGUCCAUCUGCUAGUAAGAUUCAAUCAUACUGCGAUGCCUCGGAUCCAUACUGCUGCAAUGGUAGUAAUGCUGCGACUCACAACGGCUAUGGAGCCGAGUAUGGGUCUCAGGCUAUCACCUUUGCGAAGAAUAAAUUGGCCUAG